AAUGUGGAGGCUGAAAGUGGAGCCCCUUGGAGGGUGACCCACAAAGUGGGGGUCAUCCUAUUCAAGGAGUCCCAUCAUGACAGCUGCUACUUUCUUGAUCACUCUCGUCUUCUCACUCACUUUGCUUCCGUUGCUCUUAAUUCUUCACCAAUCACUAGCUUGUUGCCUGUAUAUAUGGGCUUGUCUGCGCAUUGAUUUAUUCAUCCAAUGUGUGUGAAUCCAAUUGUGGGUUUUCCUUCCAGAGAUCAGUAUCAAUGUCCGAUCACAGAACUACGCUCAUGAACGAUCAGCUCUCCAAACCCACUUCCAUAUUUGGUCUUCGCUUGUGGGUGGUUUUGGGUGUUUGUGUCGGAGCUGCCUUUGUGCUUCUUCUCUUCCUAAUCUCGCUCUGGCUCACAUCAAAACGGAACAACUCUUCCAAAAUCAGGCCGUCUCAGAAGCCCACGAUCCCAGCUGUGUCCAAAGAGAUCCAGGAAAUCAGAAUUGACCAUGGCCACCGAAGCCAGAUUCAGGCCGACCCAUUUCCCGAAUCGGAUCAAUUGGCCGGAAUAGAAGGGCAGGCAUUGCUUCUUCCACCGGGAGAGGAAAGUCCAGGUGGGGUUCACAGGAUUCACAUCGAGCUUGGAAAGGACCAUAGAAUUUCUUACCCCGAGCGCGUAGUGAGUGGGGAGGCUCGGGCAGUUGAACAGGCCUCCAUAGUUGCUCCCGAAGUUUCGCAUUUGGGGUGGGGCCAUUGGUAUACCUUGAGAGAGCUCGAGGCUUCCACGAAUGCGUUUGCCGACGACCACGUUAUUGGGGAAGGUGGGUAUGGGAUUGUUUACCAUGGUGUCUUGGAGGAUAACACACAGGUUGCUGUCAAGAACUUGCUCAAUAAUAGGGGACAAGCUGAGAAGGAGUUUAAGGUUGAAGUAGAAGCAAUUGGACGAGUUCGACAUAAAAAUUUAGUGAGAUUGCUUGGUUACUGUGCGGAAGGAGCUCAUAGGAUGCUUGUGUAUGAGUAUGUAAAUAAUGGGAAUUUGGAGCAGUGGCUUCAUGGUGAUGUAGGGCCUCGAAGUCCUCUUACUUGGGAGAUUCGAAUGAAUAUAAUCCUGGGAACUGCAAAAGGGUUAACUUAUCUUCAUGAGGGACUUGAACCCAAAGUUGUUCACCGUGAUAUAAAAUCGAGCAACAUUUUACUUGAUAAGCAGUGGAAUCCCAAGGUUUCAGACUUUGGCCUUGCCAAGCUCCUUGGCUCAGAGCACAGCUAUGUAACAACCCGAGUGAUGGGAACAUUUGGCUAUGUAGCUCCUGAAUAUGCAAGUACAGGCAUGUUGAAUGAAAGAAGUGAUGUGUAUAGUUUUGGGAUUCUUAUCAUGGAAAUAAUUUCUGGGAGGAAUCCAGUCGACUAUAGCCGCCCUCCAGAAGAGGUGAACUUAGUUGACUGGCUUAAGAGGAUGGUUACCAGCAGGAAUCCAGAGGGAGUUUUGGAUCCAAAGAUACCUGAGAAGCCGACUUCAAGGGCCUUGAAGCGGGCUCUUCUCGUAGCUCUGCGCUGUGUUGAUCCAAACUCACAGAAGCGGCCAAAAAUGGGUCAUGUUAUACAUAUGCUUGAAGCUGAAGAAUCCCCCUUCAGAGAUAGCAGGGAGAGAUUCAGUACGUGCACAUCGUGACAGCCCAAGGAAUGGAUUGAUGGAGAAGCGAGUCACAGAAUCAGGGGAUAGUAGUGGGUAUGAAAGUGGGGCUCAUGCCAAUAGACAAAGGUGGAGACAAGAAGAAAGCCAAGCAGAAAAGCAGUGAAAAUUUGCAGAGCUCGUUUACUAGGUGAAUUGGAUAUCUUAUAUUGCUUGUCUCUCCAUCUAGAAGCUGACUAAAGCAAGUACCAUUUUAGUUUUACCGGUAUAUGUGGCUUUCACGAAUGUUGAUCUAUAUUAUUUGUCGCUUCUGUAUCUUGUAGUUCCACAUUUUACAUAAUUUAUCAUAAAUGAUUUAGUUUA